ACUCAAACUUAUCGAACAUUUGACAACAUUUACGCAUCCACAUUAGACAAUAGCAUUUAUAAGUAUUGUCGCCGAUGCAAACAACCAUUCUCACUAUAACUAUUCAAGCUUUCUAAUUAAAGCAAACACAAUGAAUAACGGCCCUCAAGGCCAGGGCCAACCUGGCGGUUCGCAACAAGGCAUGCCGCCUCGACCACCUACAAUGCUCAAACCUGAAAUGAUGCGCCAGCUUCCCCCUGGAGCUUUUACGGAUGAAGAAAAAUUGAAAUGGGAAAACGGGUUGAGGGGACUCUGGACUCAGAUUGAGAAUAAUCCUGCGGAUUCACCAGCACAUCAAGAAGCCAAACGCAAAUUGAUGGAGUUCUCCAAGUCGGUCACGAUGAAGAUGCAGAAUUAUCGCGCACAGCAGCAGCGACAACAAGUACAGCAAGCGCAGCAGGCUCAACAGGCUCAGCAAGCUCAACAAGCACAUCAGCAGCAGGCUCAAGCUCAACAAAACCAACAAAACCAACCAAAUCAACAAACCUCACAGACGCAACAAGCUAUGCAGCCUGCAACAGCUCCUUCAAAUAUUGCGGCUCAACAGAACCAAGCUCCACAGCAGAGCGAACAAGCUCCACAUUCACAGGAAGGUCAAGCUAGUGGGUCCAAUGCUGGAAGUUCUUCCCAGCAACAGCCAAGACCUCAAGUUGCUGGUCAGCUACCUGAAAAGCUGUUACAACAUAUCAAAACAUUCCCCUGGACUGCUCCGCCUCAAUACACCCCCCAAUCCCCAGAAUGGACUAAGUGGAUGGCAGAAGUCAAGAGCAAAUAUGCCAAAGGGCUGAUGGCCAUGGAAAAGGCAACUUCGCAGCUGAAGGGUUUGGAAGAAUAUAUUAAGAAGAAGAGGGAAGAAAGAACUGCAACGGAACAAGAUGAAACAGAUUAUCAGACAAGAGCGGCAGAGUUCAGGAAACAACAUGGUUUGGCCAAGAAGUUUGUGGAAGACGUUCGAGAGAGCCAGAAACGCCUCCAACCACAAAACCCUCAUCAGCAAGGUCAACCACAGCAUCCUCAACAAUCGCAAGCUUCUGGAGCUGGUCCAUCUGACAAUGUUAAUGGAAAUACCGCUGGUGUUGCAAGUCAUAGCAACCAAGGAGUUCAAGGCAGUGUCCAAAUGAAUCAGACACAAGGAGCACCUCGACCACCCAUGAAUUUGCAGCAGCCGUCCAAUCCAGCUCUACAAAAUACUCAAACUGUCAAUGCUGCUAUUGAGCAGGCUCGUAAUCAACAAAUGAGUGGCGGUAAUCGGCCACCUAUGCCACAAGGACACCAAUCCCAAGGCCCGCAAAUACCUACACCGACCGCAGCUUCCCAUGCAGCUAUGGCCCAACCUCAAUCUGGGCAGGCGCAGAGUGUCAAGCCCGAACCAGCAAUGCCAGGUCCAAUCAAUACUGCAAUUACUCAAAUGCAGAAUAACCAACAACGUCCAGGUCAAACAAAUUCACCUCAAUCAGCUAUUCCUCAAUCGGCAACGUCAAUCAGUGCGCCAAAUCCUGGCCCUCCAAGGGCUUUAACUCAUCAAGCAGCAUUGCAAACCGCGGCUCAAAGUUAUUCCAGUGCGGGCGGUCAAACGAACGGUACACCUAAUACGGUUAUGGGUCACUCGCAUACUCAUCCUAAUGCUAUGCCUAGGGAACAACAAAAUCCAAGUUCACAAAAGCUCCCAAUUCCCAAACAUUUACCAGAAAGAGCAGUGGCACCACCGCAACCAGUACAAAUGGGUCAAUCACGCCCUUCAUUUACUGGUGGUCCAUCAGGUGCCGGUAACGGAGUUAUGGGUCAACCGGUUCUUGCAAAGACCCCAGGCUACGUUUUAGAUGGUGAAGGCGAUCGUGUUUUGAGUAAGAAGAAAUUGGAUGAGCUUGUCAGACAGGUUACUGGUGGCGGAGAGAAUGUUGCAGGUGGUGGAUUAACUGCUGAAGUUGAAGAGGUAUGCUUACUUUCCAUUUUUCCAUUAUUUGAAUUUACAAGCUUGAUCACCCUUACCGUAAAAAUGAAAAUUUCACAAUUGAAAAGGCCUGGAAAAUACCAAACUAACACAAUCUAAUAGUCUAUUCUUACCGUCGCCGAUAACUUCGUUGAUCAGGUCCUCCAAGCCGCCUGCAAGAACGCCAAAGAACGUGGUUCUAAGAUCCUGGAGAUCCGUGAUAUUCAACUUACUCUUGAGCGCGGUUACAACAUUCGCAUCCCAGGUUACGCCAGUGACGAGAUCCGAACAGUUCGAAAGAUCGCACCAAGCUCGGGAUGGAUCAACAAGAUGAGCGCCGUUCAAGCUGCGAAGGUCACGGGUGGAAAGGGUAGUGACUGAGGGAAAGAAUCGAUAUGUCUACAUCACUUCGUAAUUAGUGUCCAAAUAGAUGAAAGGAGUUUAUGAUGUGAUGGAUUUGGACCGGAAUAAGUUCUUGGGUGAAUACUAUCAGGAAAUGGGAUGGAUGAUAAGUGGCGUCAAGGUACUCCAUCUUUAAUUGAUGUGCAUAUGGCAUGGAUUUAUAUUUGGCGUUGGAGGCAUGCUAUUAUGAUGUUUUCAAUGCAUUUUGUGCAUUAUCGCUCAGUAUGGUCUUAUACAGGUACUUUUAGAUAGUACUUAAAUAUAACACCUUAUUAAUCUUUAUGGGCCC